GUUCUGUUUCUUCAGGUUCUGUCUCUCCAGCUCACAGUUGUGUAAGGUGGCUCCGCUGUAGCUAGUGUCCCUAUGCGGUGCAGACGACGCGGGACGGCAGAAAUUCGGAAAUGGACUCAGUGGCCUUUGAUGAUGUGGCUAUAAACUUCACCCAGGAAGAGUGGGCUUUGCUGGAUCCCUCCCAGAAGAGUCUCUACAGAGAUGUGAUGGAGGAAGUCUUUAGGAACCUGACUUCUAUAGAGAAAGGGUGGGAAGACCAAAACAUUGAGGAUGAGGACAAAAGUCCUGAGACUAAUCUAAGGCACAUCAUAGCCAACUCUGGAUGCAACCUAUAUGAAAGUGAAGAACACUCUGAGAAGCCAUAUAAAUUUACACAGUAUAGGAACUCUUUCAUUUCUCUUAUGAGUAUUCAAAGACACAUGAUAAUGGACACUGGGAGUAAGCCUUAUAAGUGUAUGCUAUGUGGGAAAGCCUUUCAUUUCCCCAGUGAGUUCAGAAUCCAUUUAAGAACUCACACAGGAGAGAAGCCCUAUGAGUGUAAACAGUGUGGGAAAGCCUUUAGCCAUUCCAGCUCCUUCCGAAAGCAUGAGAGAACUCACACCGGAGAGAGGCCCUACGUGUGUAAACAGUGUGGGAAAGCCUUUAACUGUUCUGGUUCCAUCCGAAAACAUGAAAGAACUCAUACUGGGGAGAAGCCUUAUGAAUGUAAACAGUGUGGGAAAGCCUUCAACUGUCCCAGUUAUCUUCAAAUUCAUGAAAGAAGCCACACUGGAGAGAAGCCCUAUGAAUGUAAACAGUGUGGGAAAACAUUCAGUUGUUCCAGUUCCCUAAGAAAACAUGAGAGAACUCACACUGGAGAGAAGCCCUAUGAAUGUAAACAGUGUGGGAAAGCCUUUAGUUGUUCCAGUUCCUUUCGAAAGCAUGAACGGACUCACACUGGGGAGAGGCCCUAUGAAUGCAAACAGUGUGGCAAGGCCUUCUUUUCUCUUACAAGUGUUCGAACACACAUGAUAAAGCACACUGGAAAUGGACCUUUUAAAUGCAGUGUAUGUGAAGAAGUGUUUCCCUUUUCCAGUGUAUUUAGAAGACAUCAAACAUCUCAUGCUGGAGAGAAGCUCUAUGAAUGUAAACAAUGCAAUAAAUGGUUUAGUUCCUCCACUUCACUUCAUAAUCAUGAAAGAAGUCAUAAUGGGGAAAAGCCCUAUACCUGUAAACCACGUGGUAAAGCUUUCAUUCGAAAACAUGAACGAGCUCAUGCUGGGGGAAAAUCCUAUCCAUGCAAACAGUGUGGUGAGUGGUUCAGUGCUUCCAGUUCUCUUCAAAUGCACGGCAGAAUUCAGACCGGAGAAAAGCCCCAUAAAUGUGAACAAGGUGCUAGAGCCCUCAGUUGCUCCACUUGCAUGAGGAAACACGAACAGACUCAGAGUGGGGGGAAAGCCUAUGACUAUGGUGUGGAAAAGCCUUUGCUUCCAGUUAGAAUUGACUACUAACAGGCUCAUAAGUUAUUCGUAACAGUCUUAUGAAUGUAAAUUCUGGCAAAUCCCUAGUUUCUCUAACAGGUUUUUGUUUGUUUGUUUUUGUUCUUUUUUAAACAAAGUGAUAAAGCACACUGGAUAUGGACCUUUUAAAUGUGAGGUGUGUGAAAAAAGCCUUUCACAGUCCCUGCAUGUUUAGAGCACAUCAAAUAAACUCAUGCAGGAGAGAAACACUGUGAAUGCAGAUAAUGUGGUAAAUCCUUCACUUCUUCCAGGUAUCCUCAAAGCCGUUAAAGGAUUCAUAUUGGAGAGCAUUGCUAUUAAUGAAAGCAUUGGAGAACCACUCACUACAAUUGCCUUGUAAACCUGAGUAAACUUGUCUUUUGAGUACAAAUAAAUAUGGUAAAUAUCACAUUUCCCAUUUGUCAUCAAAGAAACUAAAUACUCCUUGGACAACGAAUCAUCAGAGUGACUGUAGAGAAUAUGAAAAACAGAGCUUUCUUAAUUCUUAGAAAGGACACAGAAAAGGUUCAGAGUGAACAACAGGAAAGCCUAUGUUUGUGAGAAAAAAAGGUAAGGCUUCAGAUGCCGCAGGUUUAGAUUAUGGGAAAAAACACACUAGGUAAAACGCUAGGAAAAGGAAUAUGGGGGAAAUGUUCAAAUUUCCAGUGUUAUUCUUCAAAGGCAUAAAAAGGACCAGCAGGUAAAAAAGCCGGUAGGUCUAAGUAAUAAGGUUAGGCUUCAAUUUUUAUACUCCUCUCUGAGAAGCAUAGAAGAACGGUGGAGAAAAGUCUUGAGAGUAAGAAAUGUCAGAAGACCUUCAGUUUUUCCACUUUCAUUUAAAGACAUGAUAGAACUCAUCUAGAAAGAGACUGUUGGGUGCAGACAGUCUACUGAGUUCAUUUCUCAUUGAAAGGUACAUGAAACACUGGAGAAGGCCGUGCGUUACAUUGACUUUACAAUGUGAAAACAUUGCUUUUCCGGGUUAAAGCAUGGAAUGUGUCUUUUUAUAUUAGAUAUAAUUUUGUAGUAUUUUGUUGAGACUUUUUACAACUGUAUUCAGAGAUUUAUGUAUCUUGGUAUAGCAUAUAAUAUAGUAUUUAGUACAUACAGUGUAUGCAUGUAUAUAUGUGUAUCUGUAGGAUACAGUAUAGUUUGUAUAUAAGUAGUAUAUAUUAUAUAACUGUUUUAUAUGGUAUGUAAUUAAAUGUAACCACUAUUUUACUAUAGUAUUAUACUAAUGGCUAUGCUAUGAAGUCUUAUCAGUAUGUAGAAUAAAGUAUUUCAGUUACCCACCCCA